AUGUAGACAUGGGGGCUCGUGUCACCCGCGCCUUCAGGAACUUCAACUUGGAGAACCGAGCGGAGCGGGAGAUCAGCAAGAUAAAGCCUUCCACGGCUCCCAAGCACCCGUCCACCUACAGCGCCCUGCGCGAGCAGCUCAGUCAGCAUCCAGAAAUCAAAGAAGAAAUUUCUAGAAAGGACAACAAGCUGUUGUCAUUACUAAAAGACGUAUAUGUCGAUUCCAGAGAUCCAGUGCCUUCCUUGCCGGUAAAAGAUGCUGAACCACAACAAGAACCAAAGGAAUUCAGACUGCCAAUAGGACGUCACAUUGAUAAAAAUAUCAUGGACAUUCCCAAAGGGAAGAUUACUGUUGUAGAAGCAUUGACCCUUCUCAAUGACCAUAAACUUUCACCAGGAACAUGGACUGCUGAGAAAAUCGCCCAAGAGUACCAUUUAGAAUUGAAGGAUGUGAAUUCCCUUCUCAAAUAUUUUGUUACUUUUGAAGUCAAAAUCUUACCUCCUAAAGACAGGAAAGCAAUGCAAUCAACAUGAAGAAAUCGCGAAACAACCUCCUUGUGUAUUCCCAC